AUGUCACUUACAAAAAAUGAUAUUAUGGAUUUAAUAGGAGACAUGUACCCUGGGUAUCCAGGUGGCCAUAAUAUUGAAGAUAUCAUGGAUCAGAUUGAUAAUGGAACCUAUAAACCACCAACCAUUCCCGAUACUAGUGUCACUCCACCAGUCAAGCCACCAACUACCACUCCACCACCUGUCAAGCCACCAGUCAUUACUUUUCCACCAAAGAUACCACCAAAGACUGUGAAAGAGAAUAGAUUCUAUGUCGGUUAUUCCUCUAAGUCUGAUGAAGUAUUCAACGAUGAAAAGCGUCCAGUCCCACCAUUGCCAGUUGCCAAGCCUCCUGCUCCAGGUUCCAAAGCAGCUGCUGCUGUCAGAUCAAAGAGAGAAGUCGAGCAAGACCUUUUACCAGCUUGGGAUCCCGAUUACGUCAUCCCUCCUUUUGAUCCAGAUAGAAAACUUACCGAUGAAGAAGGUUUGAAGAUAAUCCUUCAUAUGUCUGUCUUUGAAGGAUCAAAGAAUGUUGUUUCCCAGAAUGCUGACAAUUAUUUCUUGGAGAACAUGUUACACUAUUCUGAUCCAAACAAUGAAAUUUUGGAAUUAUUUGGUCUCACCAAGCCAAAACUCAACCAGAAACGUUUAGAUAUUUGUGAUGAGCCAAAGGUUACUCUCUGGUAUUCCUACUAUUCAUUCUACUAUCUACCAUUGAUCGUUGCCAAUGGAAACUAUUCAGUCUCUAAAAAGAUUGAUAACAAAUUUUGUCAAGAAAAGCUUCAUAAUCUUGAAACUAAUCCAACUUUUGAUAAUACCUAUGCUCAUCAACGUAUGUUAUUAUUCAAAUUUGCAUUCUGUGAAAAGAACCAGUGGAUGCAGAAAUUCCAAAAGAAUGCUGUGCGUUGGUUACCACUCUACAUGGCUGCUCUAAAGGACCGUACAAAUUUGCCCAAGACGAUUUAUGAUUUGAACAACAAAAGAUCUCAAGAACAAUUCCAAGCCUAUAUUGUCAAUGCCAAGGCAGUACUAGAUAUCUUUGAUCCGACCGGAGAGACUUCAAAGAAUACCAUCAACACGAUCAUCGGUGCUUCAAUCUUUAUCAACCUCGAUAAGCAAAACUCAAUUAAAGAUACCAAGCUCAACAGAGAUAUUAUCAAAGAUACCAUCGAGCGUAUCAUUGAAAAGGCAAAGAGCGGCGUUGAUGAGCCUGAUGUGGACCAAGAUACACUGACCAUCUACAAGGACAUCCUAGCCGUAACAGGUUCUACGGUGGGAAGCGUCAGGGAGAUUCAGAAAGCUAUUCUGGCCACACAGUUCGAGUCAAUCGAUGGUCCAAACCUAGACAAAGGCUACGAGCAAUACUUCAAGGACAGAGGAGCAAGAAUAAUGAACAAGAUGCAAGUGACUGCCUCAAAUACUAAUCAAAUCGCCAAAGCAUUUGGUUAUAUUUUCAAGGUUUGCCAGAUAUCAGUCAUUAUCUAUUCAAUUGUUAAUUGGGACAAGUUGGAUACCUACAACAAAACUUUCUUUGCUCUGGAUGUGAUUAAUAUUGGAUUGGAUUUAGCAUCUAGCUCAACAGAGGUAGUUCCCAAUGCCUUUAGAUCUCUUGGUUCAGUGAUUGGUGUUGGAUUGAACAAGCUUCCAGCUGCUGACAAGAUUCUCACUGUCAUGGAGAAUGUCUUUACAACUGACCUAGCUUCAUUUGUCGCAACUCGCUUUAGCCCUGGUCUUAUGGCUAUUAGUGCCAUAAAAAGUGUAUACGACUGUGUACAAGAUGCAAAGGUUGGUAAUAUUGGUGCAAUGGUGUUGGAUGGUGUAUCAGCUGGUAUUGGUCUUGGAGUUGCCAUGGCUAUCUUUGGAGGUUGUGCUUGUGCAGGUAUAUUAUUUCUUUCUUUCUUUCUAUCGAUCUUAGGACCCCUAGCAUUGCUCGCAGGUGGUGUUUUAUUGGCCUUGGCAGGUAUAAAAUACAUAUUCUUUAGUCCCUCUAAUGACCAAAUAUUCUAUGACAAACUCUAUAAAGAUUUUAAACUUAAUUAA